UUAGGGUUUCCACCAUCCUUCCAUCUGAUUUCUAACAUGAUUCCAAAAAUCCCCAAUCUCUCUGGUUCUCACUUGCAACCCCCACCCAUCAUUCAAACCCUAAUUGCAUCAUCAAAAAAGCCAUCAAUUCGUCGUCCAUGGGGGGUUGCAUUUCUGUUGCCAACGCAAGCUACGUAAGGAGAACCAGAAACAGCCUUGUUAACCCUAUUUCAGAAGACGAUCUAAUGCCCGAAACCCCUACCAAACCUCGCACCCCCAGAUUCGUCCGACCCGCUCGUGUCCUCAAAGAGUCCGCCGGAAAAGACAUUUUUCGACGUUAUAAGUUCGGCAAAGAGCUCGGCCGGGGAGAGUUUGGGGUGACGUAUGAAUGUCAGAAUAUAGCGACCGGCGAGAAGGUGGCUUGUAAGAAGAUAUCGAAGAGCAAGCUGAGGGCGGAGAUCGACGUCGAAGAUGUGAGGAGAGAGGUGGAGAUCAUGAGACAUUUGCCGGUGCAUCCCAACAUUGUGAGCUAUAAAGAUGUUUAUGAAGAUAAAGACGCCAUUUAUUUGCUCAUGGAGCUUUGCGAAGGUGGUGAACUGUUUGAUCGAAUCGUGGCCAAAGGUCAUUAUACGGAAAGAGCUGCUGCCAUUGUCAUCAGGACCAUUCUAGAAGUUGUCCAGGUGUGUCACAAACAUGGAGUCAUACAUCGGGAUUUGAAACCCGAAAACUUCUUGUACGCUAACAAAAGCGAAACCGCACCUCUAAAAGCGAUCGAUUUUGGUCUCUCUAUAUUCAUUGAGCCUGGCGUUCGGUUUAAGGAGAUUGUCGGUAGCCCGUAUUACAUGGCACCCGAAGUAUUACGACGGAAUUACGGAGAAGAAAUCGACGUAUGGAGCACCGGUGUCAUUCUUUACAUCUUGCUUUGUGGAGUUCCUCCUUUUUGGGCAGAAACUGAAGAAGGAAUUGCACAAGCAAUAAUCAAGGGUGACAUAAACUUUCGAAGGGACCCUUGGCCGAGGGUCUCGGAAGAUGCAAAAAACCUCGUAAAGGGAAUGCUCGACCCUAACCCGUACGAACGGCUCACCGUCGAAGAAGCCCUGAGUAACCAUUGGGUCCAAAAUGCCCACAAAGUUCCCAACAUUCCAUUAGGAGAACACGUACGGACAAGAAUUCAACAAUUCUCUUUGAUGAACAAAUUCAAAAAGAAAGUCAUUAGGGUGGUUGCAGAAAACUUGCCAGAUGAACAAGUGACUGGAUUAAAACAGAUGUUCCAUGAAAUGGAUAAGGACAACAAUGGAUCACUCACCUUUGAAGAGCUCAAAGAGGGUUUGUGUUCGAUCGGAGAUCAACCGCUCGACGAUCCCGAUGUUCGGAUGCUAAUGGAAGCCGCCGAUCUUGAUGAGAACGGGGUGUUGAACUGCGAUGAGUUCAUGAUGAUCGCGGUUCACUUGAAACGAAUCAGCAACGAUGAUCAUCUCCGCCAAGCUUUUCACUAUUUCGACAAGAACAAAAAUGGGUACAUCGAGUUUGAUGAAUUGAAGGAGUCUUUGUUCGAAGAGCACCAAAAUUCACACAACGAAAAGAUGGUUCACGAUAUCAUUCAUGACGCUGACCUAGAUAAGGAUGGUCGGAUCAGUUACCCAGAGUUUGCAGCGAUGAUGACAACGGGGAUGGACUGGAAGAUGGCAUCUCGACAAUACUCGAGAGUGAUGUUGAAUGCAAUUAGUGUGAGAAUGUUCAAAGAUCAAUCCGCGAAACGAAAAGCUUGA